AUGAGCGAGGGCUUCGCACCCUGCCGCACUCUCAUCUCCGCCCCCUCCUUCUCCAUCGGCUCAGAGCUGAGCUUUAAAGCGGUGAAAUUAAUGCUCCGCUUGGGGAAAUUCGUUUUCUUAGGCUCACUUCGUUCGGAAGCUCCGUGUGAGCCCGAUCCCUCAGUUGUCAUUUUUCCAAAUUUACGGAAGCAACUAAACGCUUAUAUUUUAAGUAUACUGAGGUUCUCUAAGAAGUGCAUCUCCACGGGCUUUUUGGGCAAAGACAUUCGGAUCCUGAGCCAUUCAAGGAGCAGCCUGAGUAAGGAAAUUCUUCACACACCUUCAGGAAUGUUUUCUUUCUUAAACCCAUGA